AUGUCUGUACAGGACUCUACCUUUCCAGAAGCUUGGAAGCACAGUUUUAUCAUGCCGAUAUUUAAGGCUGGCAAUAGGGGGGAUAUUGCCAAUUAUCGUGGAGUAUGUAUUCAAAACUCAUUGGCCAAAUUGUUUAAUAGUUUGGUUUGCGGUCAGCUAACAUGGCAACGCAAAGGAAUCAUUAGUGAAAAACAGUCAGGAUUCUCUUCUGGGAAAUCCACAACCAGCAGUUUGGUUCAAUACGAGUGUGAUCUGUUGGGGGCUUUGGAGAGGGGGGUUCAGACUGUUGCGGUCUAUACCGACUUCUCCAAGGCCUUCGACAGGGUGAACUUUGGUCUCUUGCUGGACAAGUUGGAAAGUGCUGGUUUUCAUGACUCCCUCUUAAAAUGGCUAAAGAGUUUUCUGAUAGGAAGAACUCGGAGUGUGAAGGUGCAUGGCUGUACUUCUGCACCUACUAAUGUAGUCUCAGGGGUUCCUCAGGGAUCUCACUGUGCCCCUCUGCUCUUCAAUCUAUUUGUGAAUGAUAUUGUUAAUGUGAUCAAUCAUAGUUCUGUAAGUAUGUUUGCUGUGAGUGGUCAGUGA